AUGAAGAAGAUGUCAACGAAAAAGACAGCCAAAGAGAAUGCAACCAUCGAUAAUACAAUCAUGGCUAUGGAUAACAUGGAAAUAGAUACCCCUACUUCAAGCUGGCUCACACCAAGUCAAACUCAGGCCUUUAAGGCUCUCGAACGCUCAACCGAGGACGAUAGCUUUUUGCAUUUGAAUUUCUUCCUCUCGAGGUUCAGAACCGUGUUCAGCAAUUUCAACAUGAUCUUGAACUUUCAGAUGCUACCUGAUAUGCAUCUCACACCAUUGCUCAAUACUUCCUGGCUCUUCAAUACAGAGGUGAACAAGGAAUUCAAGAAAGUUGAGCUUCAGAAGUAUUCCAGAGGUGUAAAGUCAAAGCUUUACAAGGCAUUGCACGAUGAAAAUUACUCUCCUCCCGACUAUUUCUGGGAUCGCUGUAGACGCAAUAUCUUUCAUGAGAGAGGAUCCGGAUACCGCUCUUUAAGCCAUGUUUAUAUCCGACCCGAGACUGACACAUUAAUUAUUGAUUAUCGCCAGCUUUUUAUCCUCUACUUUGUCGGUGGAUCCAUUGACUUGUCAAAUGUUAAGCAUAUCGCCCUCGCUAAUAUGCACCUCGACACAGAAGAAGUGAUUUUUGACGUCAAUGAUGAAUUAUACUACCAGGAUUUCGAGUUUGAAGAUGGAACAUUGCACAAUGAGCGCCCCCAUAGCUUGAUGCAAGCAAAGGCAGAAGUGGAUGAUUGCUUUCGAGGUUUUCUUAGACAGCUUGGCUCUGGAUUUAGACUCAAGGACGAUGUUAUGAAUUUCUGGAAGGUGCACGUACCGGGUGUAGGCAUGAUUGCGCGAUUCGAUGCGGAUGCAGAUUGGCGUUUACAGAUGGAAUUGCUAUCCGCGGAAAUAUUCAAGGGGAAUAUGGCUUUACGAGCUAGCCAAAUGGCGGAACGCAGGGACUCAUAUGAACGAACCAGGCAGGGCGGGGGGGGGGGUGGGGGAAGUUCGCUUAAUGGUCUUGUUUUAGGAUCGAUUGACUCCAGUGGGGGUUCUGAUAACUGGUUCAGCACCUGA